GGAAGUAAUCAUAGCUGCUCUAUCGUCGUGAUUCGUCACUAUUCACCCGGAUACUCCGGUCAGCCCCUGUCAGAGGCUUGCCAUGUGAAAGUGGAGCGAGUCACUCCUCUUGGGGUGGAAAGAGGAACUGCCACACAACGUGCUGGCCUCUUUCUCCACGUCCAAGCCGGCAUUUGAACUUGGUUCGCAGUGAUGAAUGCUGUCGCUCAGCAACACCUAGCAAGAAGUCCCUGUCCAAAAAAAUCGAAGUGUCCAAGUUUAUCCAGUUUGAGCUGACAUCUCCAAAAACCUCAAGUGUCUUUUCAAAGGGGAAGAAAUUGUCAUCAUCUCAUUUUUGUAGAACCAUGCCCACAAAUAAGUCCCCACCCUGGGACAACGGAACCCCACAGGCCUGCUGCGACAUGGCCAUGUCAACCAGCGUGUCGGUCAGCUUCGACCCAGAGACUGUUGCGACUGCUCAAGUGCCUUUUCCUAAACAAGAGCACACCAAACUUCCUGCUUCUUCAUCUGUUCAGAUGCAAGAGAAUGCAACCAAGAGUCAAUCCACAGUCAUUCCUAUUCAGCCGCCGAUGUUUAAAGGCAUUCCAAGUGCAAUCAAGUCAACGGGGGCAAAGUCAAUUGGCAGCACCGCCCUGGACACAGGUGACCAUUCUUCUUCUACUCUCAAAAGGGAAAACCUCAAUGUCCCGAGAGGCGGCACCUUGCAACGAAUCCAAGGACAUCCUUCUAUGCAGAUGAACGUCUGUAAGCUUGAAACUGCAGAACUUGCCUCCCCGCUUUCAGUGCCUUUGGUAUGCCUUACUCCUUUUGAAGACCCAGGAACAAAGAUGGGAAAAGAUACCUCCAGCCUUGAUGCCAAAGUGGAAAUGAGCAAGACCUUUCCGUUGACUUAUUGUAACCAGCGGAACACUGCAGCAAAGUUCGCUCACACGCACAGCAGCCAUGCUAAAUCGGCGACAGUAAACAAUACCCUUCAAGUCAUUGAUGUUUGUCCACCAACUGUUAGUAUUAAGCCUCUAACGUUGGUAGCUUUGGAUUCAAACAAGAAAUUCCCACAAAGUGCACGGGAUGAAAAUAGAACCAUAUUGGGGAAUCUCAAUGGCCUCAAUGCCAGUGCCACACCAAGAGAUCAGUCCGUACUGCAGGACAGCCUCCCAGGAGCGCUGAUGGGCUCUGGGACCACCAAGAUCUCCACCAACCACCUGACUAAGCAGUCAACAACUGCCUCUGUUGCAACUGUGUGCUUAUCCUCCACUCCCUCUCAAUGUGAGGCUAGAGAGGCCAGCUCAGACUGUGACAUGCAGGUGGAUUGCGGCGGUGAGGAGGAGCUGCCUUACGAGUUGGAGACCGCCUGCAGCGAUGACGAUUGUUCCGACUCGGCUUGUGUCAACGGUACUUCAUCCACUCCAUUGCAAUUGCAUCUAUCUGGUGUUGAAGAGCCCAUGUUGUUGGAGGUGGAGGAAAAUCAGGUGAAGAAACCGGCUCUCGUUCCCAGCCUGUUCUCACUCUUCCCUCCCACACUCUAUUUCAGUACUGCCAAUGAACAAGUUGAAAUGCUGCCCGAAGAGCAAGCGCGACUUUUAAAGUGGAAGAUUAGCACCGUGACGCCCAAUGUUGUGAAGAAUGCCGUCGCUCGGUCGCACUUCGUCCACACCAAGAAAAGCCAUGACUGGUUGGGGUGCUGGGGCCACCACAUGAAGUCUCUUUGUUUCAAGACUCUUCAAGAGCACCAGAAGUUGAACCAUUUCCCCGGAACAUUCCAGAUUGGCAGGAAGGACCGACUGUGGAAGAAUCUGUCCAAGAUGCAGAAUCGUUUCGGCAAGCAGGAGUUCAACUUCAUCCCGCGCACCUUUGUCCUUCCUCAGGACAUCCUGCAGCUACGCAAGGCCUGGAAGGAUGGGUCCAGACAGAAGUGGAUCAUCAAACCGCCUGCCUCAGCCAGAGGAGUGGGAAUUCAGGUCAUUCACAAAUGGAGCCAGAUGCCGCGCAAGAAGUCACUACUGGUCCAAAAGUAUCUCCACAAGCCCUACCUCAUCAGUGGUAACAAGUUUGACCUGCGCAUCUACGUCUAUGUGACAUGCUAUGACCCGCUCAGAAUCUACAUCUUCUCAGACGGGCUGGUCCGCUUUGCAAGCUGCAAAUAUUCGUCCUCCAUGAAGACGCUGAGUAACAAGUUCAUGCAUCUGACCAACUACAGCGUCAACAAGAAGAAUUCGGAGUACCAGGCCAACAGCGAUGACAAAGCCUGCCAGGGACACAAAUGGACUCUGAAGGCCUUGUGGCAAUAUCUUGGCUCCAGGGGAGUUAACACCACCAUAAUUUGGGAGAAGAUUAAAGACAUCGUCAUCAAAACAAUAAUUGCGUCAGAACCGUAUGUGAACUCUCUGCUCAGGAUGCAUGUGCGUACGCCUUAUAGCUGCCACGAGCUGUUUGGCUUCGACAUCAUGCUAGAUGAAAACCUGAAACCCUGGAUCCUAGAGGUCAACAUUUCGCCCAGCCUCCAUUCCAACACGGCACUGGAUGUUUCCGUCAAGGGUCAAAUGGUUCGCGACCUCUUGAACUUGGCGGGCUUUCGUAUCCCGCAUCAAGAGGAUGUUGUCACCGCAAGUGGAAGCACCUCCAGCUCCAACAGCAGCCUGUGCGGCGUGAGCAAGGAGACAAGCAAUGUGGAGGUCUCCGUUGACGAGAAGGUGAAACGGGCCUUUUACCUCAAACAGCGCUUUGCUGAACAGAGCGUCCUGGCGACAGUGUUGGAUGUUUUGACUCCCAAUGAUGUCCGCGUGCUCGCCGAGAGCGAAGACGAGUUAAGCCGCCGAGGAGAGUUCGAACGCAUUUUCCCAUCACCGUCGUCAUCCAGAUACCUGCGCUUCUUUGAGUGUCCGCGGUACCUCAGUAUCUUGUUGGACCAGUGGGAGCGCAAGUACUGCAAAAACAGGACAAAAGGUAUCAAUCUGCUCAGGCCGUUGUGUCAGAAAGGAGUCCAUCUUGGCACCAAUGAUCCUGCUCACAUGUGGUCCAAGUGUAAAUACAUCUCCAAAUUUGUACACCACAGAGAAGCACCAGUCUACCCUUCGAAAUCAAGGGUGGCAGUUAUCUAUCCGAACCAGUCGGAUCACAUGGACAUGGACGAAGGCUCAGACGGGGACGCCUUUGUUCCUAGUCCACCCGAUUUGCAAAGUCCCAGGUCCAGUGCCGGCAGCAGCGCCCGUACCAGUCCUCAGCUCAGUUUGUGAGGCCUCCUCGCACCCACAACGACAUGCUCAGGGUCUUCGACUGCCUACUGCCAAUGACUUCACCGUGGAUUACAUUGAGCAAGAUCCAAUCUCAUAACAAUUCAGACCAAUUGAUGACAACUGUUGGUUGAUGGGACCUUGAAAAAUAAAAAAAUGUACAAAAAAAAUGCUAUUUUGACAGUCUACUAUAGGCACGGGCAACUCCGGUCCUUCAUGUUUUAUUCUCUCCUUCACUUUCUCCAACACACCAGAUAUAAAUGAACAGGAUCGCUAUCAAGCAGCUUGUUGAUGAGCUGAUCAUUAGAAUUGGGUGUGUUGGAGGAGGGUGACAUCUAAAACAUGCAUAAUAGUGGCCCUUGAGGACCAGGGCUACUUUAAUCCUAAAAUUUUACUGAUGGGCGCAUAACAAAAACACAAUCUCGCAUAUUUUCUGACCAAGUCAGAAUAGGGGUGCUGAAUGGGCCACAGAAAGCACACUGCAGUAUUUAAUCUGUUCUGCCGUGCAAUUCUAAAAACAAGUACAUACCGUAUUUUCCGCACUAUAGGGCGCACCAAAAAGAACAUUCAUUGAAGGUGCGCCUCAUAAUCCACUGCGUCUUUUAGUGCGGAAAAUUCUGUACAUUUAUUCUGCUCAUAAUAACUUAUUUCUAGUCUGCAAUUUUGUUUUGUUUUGUUAUGACACAGUUCUGUUACCCUCGCCUCUGAAGUGUUUCGAAACAUCUAAAACAAACGUCACUUGAACUGCGAUGUCAACCGCAUGCUUGUUGCCCUGACGAGUAAUGCUUGACCUGAAGCUUUGUGUGACGACACGUAACGUAGUCUAUCGAACGGAUGGAUCAAGCAACUGCAAGUUCCCCUUCCGACCACUCUUCAGUGAGUGCUAUCAGGAGUAAAAUGUUUACAUUUGCUGACACUUGCUGAGGGCGAGAAUGGACUCCACACUCGGCCCAGGCAGGUUCCUGCAGUGGCCUGUUGCCACUUUGAAUAAUACUGUAGUCCUGAACUAUAAUAACCAGAAAUGAGCUUGUUUAUUCAGUGUUAAAGGGAGUUUGAUGAAUGUUGAAUGCACACCCUUUGACUGUGACACAAAGGACAUUGGUUGCUUUUGGAACAGAACCAGGAAUGAUUCCUAAUCACAUUAACCUUCCACCCCAUAUUAUUGCUUUCGGAUUCUGCUGUAAUAAAUCCUUCGCCAGAUGCAAACUCACCGGAAGCACACUUGUCUUUCUAACUUGGAGCACAGGAUCCACGGGCCGUUAUUGGCUGACAGUUUUUUUUUUUGUCUUUAGUAAAUGUAUCUUUGUAUUUAAAUUAUGGCGAGAACACCUUCAGAAAGCCACAUACGUUUACAGUGACAGUAAGAAGGAGGUCAAUUCAGGUGUGGAUUUGGAUAAAAGUGUAUUUGCACCCUUUGAUUCACAAAAAUGGAAGCGUCCACCCUCCAGAAUCGCAAUGGCAUCACCAGUAGCCUGAUUGCUAACCAACAAAUGGCC